UUGCGUAUUAUUAUUGCUCGUUGCAACAGUAAACUUACUAAUUCUGGUUAUCCCCUGAGUAUAUUUUGAUAGUUCUGUAAAUAACAUAAAAUUGUUUAGUUAUUAUUUUGUUAGGUGGUUGUACAGUAUCCACUUUACUCUGCGCUCAAUCAAUUUAUAUGGCUAUUGUUUUAGAAAUUGUCCUUAACAAUCUUGAUCAUACUAAGACUUCCAGCAAGUGUUUCAAAAGCUACUUACGAUAAAGAAAUUGUGGAUUUAGGCGUAGACCACAAUUUCUACAAGAUAUUCAGCAAUAAACGUGAUCCCUUGUAGAGGUAUUUGUAAAAAUGGUUGUUGAAAUCCUCGAUAAAUGGCAUCUUGGAAUAUGUGCUAUAGUGGUUGUUUUAAUGCAGUUGACAUUUUUCUCAAUAGCAGCUUACUUCCAGUUUGACAAACUUACUGAUUUUGCUGGUGGAACAAAUUUUAUAGUUGUAGCUUUGCUAUCAUUCUUCUUUGGACAAGCUCAUUUCAAGCCGAGUUACGAUAGUAGACAAUUGAUGGUGACUGCUUUUGUCUGUCUUUGGGGCGUGAGACUCUCUGGAUAUCUCCUGUAUCGAAUAUUACAAAUAGGUAGAGAUGCUAGAUUUGAUGACAGAAGAAGUAACAUUAUCAGAUUUGGAGUGUUUUGGACGUUUCAGGCAGUCUGGGUGUUUGUGGUGAGUUUGCCUGUUAUUUUCAUCAAUUCUCCUCACAACUCCAUCGCUCGAGGAGCUCCCAAAACUAUGACAACUCUCGAUUCUACGGGAACUGGGAUGUUUUUCACUGGUCUUCUCAUCGAAACAUAUGCCGAUCUGCAGAAGUUCUCUUUUCGACAAGAUCCAGCAAACAAAGGAAAAUGGUGCAAUGAUGGGCUCUGGUCAAUGUCAAGACACCCUAACUACUUUGGUGAGAUCUUACUGUGGUGGGGGAUCUUUGUUAUCUCUCUGAACGUCAUCGACGGACCGGAGUGGGCCGGAAUAGCCAGCCCGAUAUUUACAACCUUUAUCAUCCUCUUUGUAUCUGGGAUUCCUCUCUUGGAAAGAUCGUCAGAUCAGAAAUAUCGACACAUCCCCAAGUACCGGUUGUACAAGCAGUCCACCUCUCCGCUGAUUCCAAUACCGCCCGGUAUCUACAUGGAGGUGCCGUACUUCCUAAAGUUCCUGCUGUGUUUCGAGUUCCCCCUGUACAACUGGAUGGAAGAGAAGGAGGAGGUUACGCCGUCUUAGCAGCCAAGGUCUGCACCUGGCAGUGAGCUGAUACGCCUGUCCAACGCCAACACGCCACUGCUCUCGUGCACCUCUGUCUAACUCUAGCGCACAGAUUUGUCUCCUCCAGUCAGUGGAUAUGAAGAGUAUACAAUUUUACUUUAGUAAGAACUAUAGAAUUUGUUAGUUAUCAAGUUAUUUAGUCUUUAAGACUUUGGAUUUUGGUUACUGAGAGACUUAAAUCAGCCAGUCCACACUGGCAAAGACUCAUUUGAGUUAAAUGUUGAUUCUAGUAUGUAUAACACUAAAACAAAGAUUUGAGUUUCUGAACCAGUUUAUUUUUAGGAUUAAACAUUGUGGAGAUAGAAGUUUCAGAUGUCUUCCUUAAAAUAGCUCACGAUACCUAAAUGAAGUGAGGAGAAAGGAAGAAUAAGAAAAUUAACUUAUAUAUCAUUGUUCAAGCUUUGAGAAUGAUACAAAAAUAAGUAUUAUGUGAUUUCUAGUCAGACG